AUGUUUGAAUCCGCAUACUCAGGCAACUCGCGCAGUCUCUUGCUCGCCCAAGAUGCCUCAUCGCAGCGCAAACUGCAGUCGCAGGAGGAAGAGGAGAGGAAGAAGACUUCCAAGGCGCCUCAAAAUUCGCGCAGUUUCUUGCUCGGCCUAGAUGCCUCAUCGCAGCGCAAACUGCUGUCGCAGGGGGAAGAGCAAAGGAAGAAGCAGCAGGAGAUGAGCCGGCUUCAACAGGAGGCGUCAUACAAGAGUAUGCUUGCAUACCGGGAGAAUGAGCGUCAGAAGGAGCUGCAGAAGCAGGAGAAGGUGAAGCAGCAACAGGAACUGGAACGGCUUGAGAAGGAGCGACCGGAGUUGAAGCAGCAGCGGCUGGAAAAUGAAGAAGAGCAGAGGAAAAAGCAGCUGGAGCUGAACAAGCUUCCAGCGGAAUUGUCAUACAAGGCUAUGUUGGCAUACCGGGAAAGGGAGCGGCAGGCGGAGCUGCAGAAGCAGCCGCAGCAGCAGCAGCAGCAGCAGAGGCAGCGGAGACGAAGCAUGACUAAGACGCCCAGGAAGAAAGUGGAUAAGAUUAGUAAGAGUCCCGAGCAGGGGUCUUUGUCUCCAGAGGAAGAGAAGAGGACAAUUGGAAAGCACGUGGAGGAGAGUGUUAAGGGAAAGAGGAGCAAUGGGAAGGUACUAUGGCAGUCAAGCCCUUAG